CACACGCUUAUGCAACAAUCAAAAGAAAUAAAUUGAGAAACGGCUCCAUUGAGAAACACGAGCACUCAAUUUCUUUCCAUUUGUUAGCGAAUUGUAGCUGUCAUCCAAUAGCCAUGGCCAAAAGCUCCUUUAAGUUGGAACACCCCCUUGAGAGGCGUCAAGCAGAAGCUGCUCGUAUCAGAGAGAAGUACCCAGAUAGAAUCCCGGUUAUUGUGGAGAGAGCUGAAAGAAGUGACAUACCUGAUAUUGACAAGAAGAAAUAUCUGGUUCCCGCUGAUCUGACCGUUGGGCAGUUUGUGUAUGUUGUCCGAAAGAGGAUUAAGCUCGGUGCUGAGAAGGCCAUAUUCAUCUUUGUCAAGAACAUCCUCCCUCCUACUGCUGUCAUGAUGUCCACAAUUUAUGAGGACAACAAAGAUGAGGACGGUUUCCUAUACAUGACUUACAGUGGUGAAAAUACAUUCGGGUCAUUUUGAACUUGAAGUCAAGCUAGCUUAAGUGCUGAACAAUGUAUAUAAUCAAAGAAAACGUGUACAUUCUUCUUGAUUAUCUAUCCUGAUGUUAUAUUUAAUGCGAAUAUUGCUUUGUUCUAAACAAUGUCUACUGUUUAAAUUUGGAAGUGUUAACAUAUGUCAUUCGAUCUUAUAUUU